UUGACUGCUUUCUUUCAGAGAUGUGGUACUGGGUUUUCCUCUGGGCUCUCUUCUCCUCUCUCUUUGUCCAUGGUGCUGUGGGAGUAUUAAUGUUUGUGAUGCUGCAGAGGCAUAGGCAGGGGAGGCUGAUCUCUGUCAUUGUGGUCAGCAUUGGAUUUCUGGGCUCUAUAACUGGAGCAAUGAUAACCAGUGCUGCAGUAGCUGGAAUUUACAGAGUAGCAGGAAAAAAUAUGGCUCCCUUAGAAGCUCUUGUCUUUGGUGUUGGACAGACAGUACUGACGUUAAUUAUCUCAUUUUCAAGAAUUCUUGCAACGCUUUGAGACUUAUAUAGAAUGGGAAAAAAAUCUACUAGUUUAAAGAAAUCUUUAAUCUGAAAGGAAGCUUCCUGAAAGUGGAUUCAUCAGCUUAUGAACUUGAAUUCUAGUGCAAGAGGAAGGAAGCUAUGUGGAACCUGCACUACAAAUCUAGAGAUUCAGUCAAAUCAGCAGGCUGUCCUCUAGUGUCUGAACUGUUGUACUUCUGCACUGCGCCUUAACGUGCCUCAGUCGCAGGCAAGGUGCAAUCCAUGUGUGUGAAGUUUGAGAUAAAGCACCUUGAGUAGCUGCCAGUCGGGUUAAUGCUUGGUGAUGGGCUUAUUGUUCUUAACAGUGUUGUAAUAAAAGAAAGGAACGCUCCUGAAAAUUGCUGCAUGUGCCAAACUUGGAGUUUAGUGCUUAACCGUUGGUUGGGUAAGCUUUGAAACUGCUAUUGUAGAAGAAUGCUGUGAACAUAGAGCCUACUUCAGUUUGGGUAAAAUAGCAAGAUAACUGACUUCUGUAUUAGCAGAAUCUAUUUGAAUGCUGAAUAUUUUUAUUCAGUAUCCAAAGCAACUGUUAGGUCUGUUUUGAAGUAUAGAUGAAUAUUGAUGGGGUUUAAGAACCACAACUUUAGCAACCCUGAUGUAAUCAGCAUUAUGUGUAGAAGGGCUCAUGGCAGUUUUCUGAAGUUCAGCACAUCACUUCUUCAUGGGUUUAGCUUGUCAGAAAUCAGUAGUUUAAGGAGACUGUAUGGGGGUUACUAAGUACAAUCUGUUGUGUAUGCACAAACAAAUUUUAAAUUGAUGCUUUCCUUGAAAUUGUUUUGUCUUAAACACAAAGAUGGUUACCAGCCCUUCUGAAAACCUCACAAAGGCUACUUGUUGCAAAUAAGCUCCCUAUAUUUAUUUAAGCACUGGUAGGACUCUUAACCCUACAUGUAUUCUUUAAAGAACACACAAAUACAACAGACUUUAAGAGAAUACACCUAUGAGGAAAAUGGAAAGGGAGAAAAAAAUAAAAUAUAUAUAGUGGUUUUCUACCAAAAAAAAAAAUAAUCUAGAGUUUAAUAAAAUAGUUUGGAAGUGGGGCAGCAUUAAUGUAUUUACUACCUUGUUUCUGAACACUUUGUAUCUUUGGAAAGAUUAAGAUAUCUGGAACUUUGAAAUACUUAGACUUCAGUAGAGUUUGUGCUUUUCUAGUUUAAAAGGGACAGUAGUGUUGUGCAUGUGAAUGUCUUAAAUGUGAAUGUUUUGGAGUGAAUAGAAAUUUUAAGUCUAAUUACUAAUUAUUUAUGAAAUGCAAAAUUUAAAGGGCACAAAGUUCUGUGAGGAAUAAGGAAUUUUUUUUUUUACCUCUUUCCUCAACUGAAUGCUUUUCAACAGUCAGCUUUUAAUGUUGCCAGGAAGAGUAAAUUGCUCAAAGCUUUUGCUAUUAAGAUGUCAGAAAGACUUACUGAACUGUUGAAACCACUGGCACCUACUGCGCAGAUAAAAGAAUAUGGUUAAAAUGCAAUUUACAAUCCAGCCGUACUGCUUAGUGCUUCAAAUAUUACAAUGAAUUAGCCUGUCUGCCUUUAUUUUAUUCCACAAGCUGUUUUUUUUUAAACUGCUAAGGAUGCUGAUUUUUUUUUUUUUCUUUAAAAGUAUUUAAGUCUUGUUUGGAAAAUGUACAAAGUUAUGGACUUUGAAGGGAACAAAGUAAAAUAUAGAUUUAUAAACCUUUCAGUGUUAUAUUUUGGCUUUGAAUUGCUUUAAAAUGUGGCUCAAUACAUAUAGUCUCACUAUUUUGAAUGUCUUCAAAAACUUAUUUAUUUUUAUUGGUUUGGAUUUUUUUUGUCUCGUCGUUUAUUUUCUGCUGAUAGUUUUUGGCAUAACAAUCAUUGCACUUUAGACAAUAAAAUUAUUAUUACAUCUGUAAAAGGCAAUUUAAACUCCCCAUUUUCUUAAAUUAUGAGAACUGGUUUCAGGUAUUUAAGUCGAAUUGAAUAAUAAAAUUAUUGAAGAGAUUUCUCCUAAUGUGCCUUGUUACAUAUAUUUUUAGGGGAAAGCAUUUAAAAAAAAAUUACUGUACUUCAUUUUUGUUCUAUUUUUGCCAUUUCUAAUUAAUUUGGUUAUUUGAUAUAAUGUCUUACUCAACGGACACUUAAACAUUUCUGUUUGACAACCUGGAAAUGCUUGUCUGGAUCAAAACCAACUGUUUCAUGAAGCACUGUGUUCAGUAAUUCAGAUUGUCUCAUGACUUCACCUCACACUCAAACUCCUUCCCAGUUUCCAAAUUUCCUUGAGCAUCUUGAUUAUUAUUUAUUGUACGAGGCUAUUAGGCUACCACUGAUCAAUGGCUUGCUGUCUUUCACUAAGUUAAACUAGAACAAACUACUGCGAACUUAUGAAAUGCAUAUAAAAAAAUAUUAUUGAUGAACUUAAUUUUUAAUUUUAAUUGCAGUACCAAUUAAAUUGUUGCCAUUGUAACUUUCCUCCUUUGACAAGGAGGCAUCUUUGCAGAUGUAAAGUUACCUUCCUCCAAAUAAUUUUUAUUUCAUAGAUCAUUGUAAUCACGUUUAGAACAGUUAGGUGCUUAGUUGUCUCUGCUUUAUGUGGUAUUAUUGCCUGGCAUCAAUGUAUGGGCAGGUAAUAUAAUGCCGAAGUGGCUUAAGAGAGACAAAGUUAUGUAUUUGACAGAAAUUGUUUUAACUAUUUCUUGUGAGGAAUAUAUGAGGAAAAAUAAUAUUCUUUGAUCAUGGCGGCAUGAUCUUACUGCCUAAUUCUAGUAGUGAACGGAAAUGUAAGUGGCCUUAUGUCUGUGAAAAUUUGGAGUUUAAUUCCACAUCCUUAGGAACAGCUUUGUGAAACAUAAGGUGCUCUGGUCAGAGUGCAGUGUAUGCAUAGAUAUAUUUGUGUGUGUGUAUAUAUAUGCAUGGGUGAUAUUUUUGGGUGUAUUCUGUACCUUACACACGCUAACAAUUGAAAUAACUUACCCGAGAAAAAGAACCUUAUUUCAGAUAACCUUUCCCCUCUCUCUUGCUAUUAGACCACAAAGAUGUCUUGUGUGUGAAUGGCACCGAUGGUACUCUGGACCCCUUUGGACAAUGCAGUGUUGUGCAGAUGUCCACACAGGACCUUUUAGCACUGUCUUCAAAUAGCUCUGCCUGUCUCUGCAUUGUCUCCUUUAUCACAUUCUGUGCAUUGUUAAUGAUUAAUUUCUAGUAAAGAACAAAUAAUAUAUCAGUACAAUUUAAUCUUGGGAUUAUAUUUCCUAAUAAUUAUCGUCUUUCAUUUCAUGGGUAAUUCUGAGUUUAUGAAACUAAUCUGUGUAGCAUGACUAGUGACAUAAUUUGAAGUUUACUGUUCACACUUUUUUUUAAAGAAACCAAUAACUUAACCAGAUUUGAACAUUCAACAUGGACCAAAGAGAGUAGUCCUGAUUUUGUGUAAUGUAGCUUUCUAUUUUUGAAGUACGCUGUUUUUAUUACUCUAAAGGAAAUAGUAUUCAACAUAUUGCACAUUGUUAUUUAUUUUGGUUACAAUUUCUAUUUGAAUUCUGUUGGUUGGGAGACACAUAUAAUGUCAUUUGAAUGGAAGCUGUAAUGGAGUCUAAGCUCUAAUAACUAUAAAAACUGAUUUAAUUGUUAUUUUCUGUUUUAAUUUAUGUAUUUCAUGCACUGUGUUCUAAUAAUGCCUUUCCUGCACUAAAUUGGAAUAUUAUAUCAUGAGCGUAUUAAGCUGCAUGGUUUUGUAUGUAGCCAUUCAACGUCAUCCAUUUCUAAUUCCACAUGAGUGAUUAAUUUUUUUUCUUUAGACACAAUAUUCCUAGGUGUAAUGAAGUAUAAAUUAAUUGGUUAGGGAGAAGGGAAAAAAAAACAUGUGACUAAUAAGGCUUAGAAAAACAAAUGUGAAUGUGGGAAUUUUUUCAGUUUUGUUUCAGUCUAUUGUUUCUGUAAAUAUGCUUUUUCAUCAUACGUGUAUUUCAGUUAAGGGAAAAUAUGUGGAGAUUUGGUUGUUUGGAUAAAAGCUGCAACCUCAUAUAAUUCCAGGCGAUUUGAGAUAACUGGAAUACUGAAUUCGGUUCAUAAAUUAUAAUGGAGUGUUACAUCUAUAUACAUGCUAGAACGUAACUUUGAGUGCUACCAGAAUUAAACAUGCAACUGCAUCACAUAUUGACAGAAUACCUUUUGAAUUAUUUCCUUUUUUUAACCUCUGGAUUGGGAGCAGCUCAAGGUGAAAAGACUGUUUAAAUUCUCAGCUGUUGCUUCAGAAGAAAUAAGUGUUCUUUGUGUACAGGUGAAUUUAAGACAGCUGAAAACCUAGUAUUGGGUUAAAAGUCAAUUUUUUGGUCACAUCUUAGUCAUAUGACCACACCCUUAAAGUCAGUGGGAAAAAUACUCUGUACCAUGUUACAAUGAUGAAAUCUUCAGCUGGGCAGCCCUAGUUUGUGUACUUAACUGCACAUCCUCUGGUGAAAAUUAAGUUGUCAUAGAAGAUAGACUUUAACCUGAGUACAUACCAUUUGAUACCUUGUGAGAGAGAGCGUGUCCUGUCCUGACAGCAUGCUGUUUCACAUGCUUGUGCCUAGAAAUCAGUUUCUGCGUUAAGUUUAAAUGUAAUCACAAAGAUAUCUCAAAGUCUGAGAAGAUAUGUUACUGCUUAGGGCGUUCUCCUGGUAUAGCAGGUGUAAAAACAAUUAUACUCUAAAGUUAUGAGCUAAAGAAAGACCUUCUUUCAGGCACACACCUUUUUUUCCAGUUCUAAAUAUUCAUCUUGUAGUUAUUGAGCACUUUACAAAGUUACUGCAUGAAUACUAGUAAGAUGACAGCUGUUAAAGAGGAUGGGUAGUAUGUCCUUUUGUGCUGCUUUUGUGAACUGAAAAAAACCUCACCAACCUAUAAGGCAAAGUAAAUACUGAAGAAAUAUUUUUGAUUAAAAAAAGUAAUAUUUGAUUGACAUAAAUGGCAUUCCUUCUGAUUUGAGAUCUAACUUUUUAAGUUCAGUUUGUUUAUUUAAUAUUGCCAUUGUAAAAAUCUGGUUUUUGGAUUAUCCAUCAAUACAAAGUAUAUUGAUGAGGCCAUCAGAGCUAAAAAUCUAAAACCUUUUAAAAUUGCUUGGCUGGAGGUUUUUACUUGUUUGAAAUGUACUUAACUGUUAUACAAAUAAUGAAGGUUUGAAAGCCCUUUGUGUUUUGGGGGGUUAGAGGAUAAUCAGGUAUUUCUGUAACUAAACUUUUGACUGUGGCAAUAUAUAGAAUAGCAUAAAAUUCUUCAGAACUACUUACAGAAGCCACCAAAGAUAGAUGCCUAUUUUACAGUUAGAAAAAGGCUACAACAUUUGACAUCUAUAUUGAUAACUUUAACAGUUGCACUGUAGGCUUUACAAAUAUGAUCAGUAUUAUAACCAUUUGGAUUUGGCUGAGCAAAUAAUGGGGAAAGGAUAAAGGGAAUUUGAAAAUAUUUAAAAAGGAAAAAGGGAAAAAGUAUCCAUUAGUCCACUGCCAAAAUCGUGCCCCUCCAACGCUGUUUUCCAACAAGCAUGGCUUAGACCAUACACAAUGCAGCAUAAUAUCUCUCCAUGAAGUGUCUCGUGAAUAGAAUGCAUUCUACAAAUCUGUUUUAGAAAUAAUGUUCUUAUUGUCACUUGGUGAAGUUACCUGAGUUAAAGGAUCGUGACCUAGGCAUUAUGAAGCUCAAAGAUAGCAAGAAUGGUGAUGGAGAAGAAUACGGUUGAUUUACGCUUUGUACAGAACUAUAUUACACUGCGAAAAAAGGUCUUCAUUUUGAGUUGUGGAUGUACUGCAUGUUCAUGUAACAGUUUGGCUCCAAUUGAAAAAAAGUACUUUAAUGGGUGAUAUUUAGGCUGUAAAUACUGUAUACUAUUUUCUUUUUUAAGCAACUUUUUUAUUUCCCUAUUUGUGUACAGUUCUCUAUGUACAUAUAAAAACCCCACAACAUUUUGAGAAGCCUUUAUAGUUAACUUCUACAUUUCAAUUGCAGUACUGAUCUAAACAUGUCCGUUUGGCUGUUUAGUUCUGUUCUCACAGUAUGCUUUCAGGUUCUUUGAAAAGCAGCAAUAACAGUUGGACAAUUAUUUGAAGUAAAACUUUCUUGUGCACAAUUUCCACUUCCAUGUUUUAGAAUGGAGGCACAGUGGACCACUUGUCCAAUUGUAAGAUUUCAAGAGCCUUUAAGUAGUUUUUAUCUUUUUUUUUUCUGUGGUAGGAAGUGUCUUGUAGUAGCUUAUAUACAGAUUUAAAUGUCAAACACAAUUUCUCAUGCUCAUUUAUUUGAUUAAAACUUUCUGUUGAAAUAUUUUCAUAAACUUUCCAUAGUUUAUUGCAUGUGCUCAUAAGUAAUCAUAAAGCAAUGCGUUGACCUCUGUAUGAAAUAUUCUGAUAAAAGUUUUACAUUUUGUGAACCUGUUUGAAAUGUACAGAUGUACACAAAAAAUAAAGCUAAAAUUAAUACUGAA